AAAAGAAAACAAAAAGAAGAGAUGGAGAAAUUGGGAAACAUAAGUAAAUGAAAUGAGAGCACUGAAUAUGAAAUGACAAAAGAAAAACAAACUAGAUAAAAGUAAAGAAUCAUCAUAUAGUCCAUUUGUUUUUAAACAUGGCUGCUCAAUAGAAACAUACCUGGAGCUUUGGAGAAAAAGAACAAUACCUGAACGUUUGUAUUUUUCAAAAAAAUACCAAGGUCAAACACUAUUCAGAGUAGUAAUCAAAUCUCUGUCACCUAAAGAGGUGGUUCGGAUUCAUGUCCCUAAACCUUUGGACAGGAAUGAUGGAACAUUUUUGAUGCGAUAUAGGAUGUAUGAAACUGUUAGUAAAGGGCUGAAGAUAGAAGUCCUUUAUGGUGAUGAACACGUUGCUCAGUCUCCCUAUAUUUUGAAAGGACCAGUGUACCAUGAGUACUGUGAGUGUCCAGAAGACGAUCCUCAGGCCUGGCAGAAAACUCUGUCUUGUCCAGACAAGGAACCACAGAUUGAAAAAGAUUUUGCUUCUUUCCCCAGCAUUAAUCUCCAGCAGAUGCUAAUUGAAGUUCCGAAAAGGUUUGGGGAUGAGAGGGGUGCUAUUGUUCAUUACACGAUUCUCAAUAACCACAUCUACCGACGAUCUUUAGGAAAAUACACAGACUUCAAAAUGUUCUCAGAUGAGAUUUUGCUGUCACUGGCAAGAAAGGUCCUUCUCCCAGAUUUAGAAUUUUAUGUUAAUCUUGGAGACUGGCCUUUGGAGCAUCGAAAAGUCAAUGAAACCCCUGGCCCUUUACCUAUCAUUUCAUGGUGUGGCUCUCUGGAUUCACGAGAUGUUAUCCUUCCAACAUAUGACAUCACCCACUCCACGCUUGAAGCUUUGAGGGGUGUUACAAAUGAUCUCCUUUCUAUUCAGGGAAAUACAGGACCUUCCUGGAUCAACAAAACAGAGAAAGCUUUCUUCAGAGGUAGAGAUAGCCGAGAGGAGAGGCUCCAGUUGGUGCAGCUGUCCAAGGAAAACCCACAGCUGCUAGAUGCAGGAAUCACAGGAUAUUUCUUCUUCCAAGAGAAAGAAAAGGAGCUCGGAAAAGCUAAAUUGAUAGGUUUCUUUGACUUCUUUAAGUACAAGUAUCAAGUGAAUGUGGAUGGGACCGUGGCUGCUUAUAGAUAUCCAUAUCUCAUGCUUGGUGACAGUUUGGUUCUGAAGCAGGACUCACCAUAUUAUGAACAUUUCUAUAUGGCACUGAAGCCGUGGAAACAUUAUAUUCCAAUUAAAAGAAAUCUUAGUGAUCUACUAGAGAAAGUUGAAUGGGCCAAGGAAAAUGAUGAAGAAGCCAAGAAGAUUGCAAAAGAAGGACAGUUGACUGCUAGGGAUCUGCUACAGCCACACCGGCUUUACUGCUACUAUUACAGGGUACUACAGAAAUACGCUGAACGCCAGUUGAGCCAACCUGAAAUACGUGAUGGAAUGGAACUUGUUCCUCAGCCAGAUGAUAGUGCAUCUUUGUGCCAAUGCCACAGGAAAAGGCCUUUAAGACAAGAGCUUUAAGUUAGUCCAGAUUCACACUCCUGUGUGUGCCAGCAAGAACUUUCCUGGCAGCAUACCGAUGGAAUCUAAGCUGUGAAGACUGUGGAGACAGCCUGGAAGCCUGGAUGCAGGGGACUGCUUCUCUUGAUGCUUUCAUGCUAUGUGGAUGGACAGGGCAAUAUUAGAGUAAGUAUUACCAAGUAUCUUAGUAUAUCAAUAUCUUUUCAGUAAAAACUGCUAUUAUCAUCACCAUAGUUUCUCUAAAAAGAAAAACUUGGGGAUCAUAGUAGAUAGAGAGGCUUGCCAAAAUAUAAAUAACUUUCUAUGAAACUAUUUACAUUGUAUUUAUUGGUUUGUUUCUAUCCCUUGUUCACUUUCCCUCUUCCCCUUCCAGUUAUGAAGAAAAUACAUUUUUGCAGGGCGCUACAAGCUGCUUUUGGUAUUCAGUAAUAGCAAGUUUCCUCUUGGGAGAUCUGUUAUGAAUAAUUAAGGAAGAUGAGAAUGACUCUGUUAUUAAAGGUAGCUUGGAUACUGUGGAGGGAAAUUAUUUUAAAGCUCAUUCAUAUCCUUUUAACUAAGCUUUACUCAAGGUCCAAGAAAAAAUUAAGCAGAGACAGUGCCUUAAGCUAAUAAUUCCCAGUCGAUCUGAGUUGGACACCCAUCAAGGACAACCCAAUUUUUUAAAAUAGAUGAGAGCAUCCUAUGGGUAUCUUCAUUAUCUAUAUAUUUGAAUAAAUGAUAACUGUAGCCAGUUAGGGAUCUUUAAUUCUUUUUAAUCUUUAAAAGGGAUGCUUGAAUACCUCUGCAACAAGCUCCAGGAAGCCUGAUAUCUUGGGAUUCACUAAUAAACUAAUGACAAAAGUAAGCAUCUAUUCUUCACUGUACCCCUUCUGUAUUUCACUGUGCUAUAUUACUAAGAUAAAAUCUUUGGAAAUUUACUUUGCCUUUUAGGACAGGGUGUAGUCUUAAGACUUACAGUCCAGAAAUUCAUUACACACUCCUUGUAAUAUCACCAAUUUGAAACUCAGUUCAUCAAAGAACACACUCCCCAAACAGGAAAUAUCCACACUCCCAAUUCAAAAAUAUUUACUCUUCUAAUUGAAAUAUUUACUUAACCUGGAAAACAGUGUGACCACUUUAAAUGAGCCAUAUUUAUUCUUUACUGAAUAGGGACACAGAAUUUUUUUUUAAACUAGAUGAAAGCAAAAGCACAUUUUGUAAUGGUGUAAUCAAAACCAAGGCUUCCCUGGUGUUCAGCAGUAUAAAGAAUCCGCCAGCAAUACAGAAGAUGCAGGAGAUGUGGGUUUUUUCCCUGGGUCAGGAAGAUCCCCUGGAGGACAAAAUGGUGACCCACUCCCGUAUUCUUGCCUGGAAAAUCCCAUGGACAGAGGAGCCUGGCAGGCUACAGUCCAUGGAGUCGCAAAGAGUCGGAUACAACUAAGCACCUAUAGCAUCUGUCCAUGGAAAACAAUAAUACGCACCAGUUGCUCAAAAGCACAAGUGCAUAAGUAUAAAAUAAAGGAUAAGCUGCACAGUGACUAAAUCCUGUGGAGGAGACGGGUGUGAGGAUAUGUGAAAGUGUUAGUUCCUCAGUUGUGUCCAACUCUUUGUGACCCCAUGGAUUGUAUGUAAGCUAAUAUAAUAACUACAUUUAUCAAAAAUAAGCUAUCAACAUUUUGUUACAGGCAAGAAUACUGGAGUAGGUGGCCAUUCCCUUCUCCAGGGCAUCUUCCCAACCCAGGGAUCAAACCCAGGUCUCCUGCAUUACAGGUGGAUUCUUUACCAUUUGAACCACCAGAGAAACCCCAAUAAAAUGUUGGAAACAUACUAGUCAUCAUGAGGGAGCUGGCUAAAUAGAUAUCUAUACAUCAAGGAAUACAGUUUAACCAUUAAAAAGAAUGAAUUAGCUCUAAAUGCACUAUCAUGAAAGCUUUUCAUGACAGUGUUCAGUGAAAAAAGUUACAGAACAACAUGUAUAAUGUGACACUAUAUAUGUAAAAAACAAAAUGUAUCCACAUGGUUGAAAGGAUAUUCACCAAUAUCUGAGGAGGGAAUGGAGAGAAGGAAAUUUUCACUUUUGCCUUAAACCUGUCUAUGAUAUUUAAAAUGUUUUUACUGUAAGUAUGAAUCAGAUUGGACAAUAAUGAAAAAUACAAACCUAGGAAAAGAAAAUAAAUGCAUAAAAGAUAUUUAUAUAAGAAGAUAAAAUGAAUAUUUAUAUUUCCUUUGUGCUAUUUUAAAAUGUACUAUGCCUAGAAUUUUGUAUCAUGGAAUAUAUUAUUUACACUUUUUAAAUAAAGUACACUUUCUAAAGAAA